GGCGAUGGAGGAUGGCAAAGGGAGAUAUGGUCCGGAGUGUGACUGGUGGUCAUUAGGAGUCUGUAUGUAUGAGAUGCUGUAUGGUGAAACGCCCUUCUAUGCGGAAUCACUAGUAGAGACAUAUGGCAAGAUCAUGAAUCAUAAAAAUCAAUUUGACUUCCCUCCUGAAACGGAAGAUGAAGUCGCUAUUUCAGAGGAUGCCAAGGAUUUAAUAUGCAGUCUCAUUUGUUCAGCAGAAGUACGAUUAGGGCGCAACGGGCUAAAGGACUUCAAGGACCAUCCGUUCUUCAACGGCAUUGAUUGGGAAAAUAUCAGGAAUAUGAAACCUCCGUAUGUCCCCGAUGUGAAGAGUGCCACAGACACAUCCAACUUUGAUGUUGAUGAGGCCGACCUUAGGAACUCGGAAGUCUUACCUCCAAGCUCACACGCUGCUUUCACAGGCAAUCAUCUACCCUUUCUAGGUUAUACCUUCACCAGAAAUAGCAAUCUCUCUGAUCUGGGAGUACUAGCGGAUGUGAAGGAGGUGAUAUCCAGCGGUAAGGAAGGUGUUGAUAGUGCCCAGGUAGAGAGCCUGGAAAGACGGAUCAACAAACUAGAGACUGAGAAAACUGAACUCACUAAUAGGUUAUCAGAAUUAAAAAGCAGUGGAGGAGGGGAGAAUGAUGAAGUUAGAAGAUUACAAGAAGAAAUCAAGUCAUUUAAAUCUAGAAUAGCAGCCUCUGAAUUAGAGAGUAAGAAUGUAAGAGACAGCUACCAAGCCAUGGCCAAAGAGAUGCAGAGUGCAGAAGACGAGAAGUCAAGUAAAAUCAAGACAUUAGAAAGAUCUGCCAAAUUAUUAAAGCAGGAAAAGGAGAAUCUGGAGAGAGAAUUAGAUGAAUUUCAUGAGAGAAAUCGCCAAAUAAAUAAAGAAUUGAAAGAAGCCAAAUCACAAGGAAAGCUUGCCAUGCAGGAAUUCACAGAAAUUAAUGAAAGGUAUGCAGACAUCAUGUCACAGAAACAGAAGCUCUCAAGAGAUCUACGAGAUAAAGAGGAGGAAAUAGAGGUCUUCUCACAGAAAGUAGACUCACAGAGAGCCGAUAUCAGGAAACAUGAACAGGCCAGUAAAGAGCUUGAAGCUCAACAAGAAGAUCUCCAGGUGGAGAUUGCAAGAGAGAAGAAACUAAGACAGCAGAGUGAACAGAAUAUCAAGCAACUUAAAGAAGAGCUAGAAGGCCUCAAGGUAAACUCAGUAGGUCGAGCCAAGCCUGAUACAGACAAGUAUGAGAAGGAGGUUGCACGUCUCAAGCAGGAGAUGGAGAAGAAAGAAGUCCAGUUUGCAGAGGGUGUGGCCAAGGAGAAGUCAAGGCAUACCAUGGAAGAAAAGAUCUUGAAGGAGCAGAUAAACGAGAACGAGGACAAGAUUGUUUCGAUGCGACGAGAGAUCACCACCCUCCAGGACAAACUAGAACGUCUCCAGAUCACCAACACGGAGGACCAGCAUGCCAAGAUGAAGAUGGACGACAUGAAGAGGAAUUAUGAGAGGACCAAGGCUCUAAUUAACGAUGACAAGACCAAACUUAGCCAAGAGCUUGAUAAGACCCUUCUUGAAAAAGAAAGGUUACAACGAGAGCUGAGACUAGCAGAAGAGAAACUAGAAGAGAUGUCUAGAAACAAAGAUUCCGUGGCUCACUGGGAGGCACAGAUUGCAGAGAUCAUCCAAUGGGUUAGUGAUGAGAAAGAUGCAAGAGGAUACCUUCAAGCCUUGGCUUCUAAGAUGACUGACGAGCUUGAGACUAUCAAAGUUUCAGGCAUUGUUGGUGCUGCUAGGGAGAAGAGUUGGCAAACCAGGAGGUCACAGAGGAUGGACAGGAUGGAGCUACUCAAUCUUCAGUCCAACCUCCGCAGUGAGAUCCAAGCUAAGGAACAGAUCACUGAAGAACUUAAGAAGGUCAAGGCUGCACAUGCUGCUGAUGAGAGUAAAUUGAGGAGUGCGGGAGCCAGGAAUACAGAACUUACGGAUGAGGUCUCCAAACUCAACAAUCGUGUAACUGAGUUGGAGCAACAGCUGCAAGAGUCUAAGCAAAAUGCUGCAGAGAAGGUUGGAUCAAAUAUAAACUUCGCUUUCUUAGAUCGGUACCUGGAUGUGGAUACAAGGCUGGACUUCUCUGACAUGGAAGAACCAGUCAAGGACACAGGUGCUUCAUUUGAACCUGUGCCCACUGAUGAUAAGAGUGUCCACUCAUCGGGUACAUCAUCAGGGGAGACGCCGCCCCCCACACCAAAGCACAAGACGCACAAAUUUGUGAUAACCAACUUCCAGGUACCGGCCAAGUGUGCUCACUGUACAUCGUUGAUGCUAGGUCAGAGUAGGCAAGGCAUGAUGUGUGAAGUUUGUCAUUUUGCUUGUCAUGUGGCCUGUGCUGAGAAAGCUCCUAGUGUAUGUCCAAUCUCACAACAACAAAUGGCAAAACCUCAAGGUAUAGACCCGACACGAGGCAUCGGUACUGCGUACGAAGGUAUACUCAAGAUCCCCAAGCCGGGCGGUGUAAGGAAAGGCUGGAUGAAGCAGUUUGUAGUGGUGUGUGACUUUAAGCUCUUCCUCUUCGACGUCUUAGAUGGGAGGGGGUCGCAUCCUACCAACGAUAUCUCACAUAUCUUAGACAUGAGGGAUGAAGAGUUUUCUGUUAGUUCUGUCCUAGCUGCCGAUGUUAUCCAUGCACCUUCUAAAGAUGUACCAUGUAUAUUCAAGGUAUCGGUAUCCCAGCUGAAUCCUCCUGGUCUGUGUGCUCAGCUCCUGCUCUUAGCCGACAGCGAGGCCGAGAAAAGGAAAUGGGUGGAUGCACUCAACAACCUUCAACGUCAUCUCAAACACAAUCAGCUGCCAGACAGGACAGUCUUCAGAGCCCAGGAGGUCUUCGAUAGCAGUAUGCCGCUUGUCAAGGUCACGCACUGUGCAGAUAUUGUUGAUGCUAGUAGGUUUGUGAUUGGAACAGAGGAUGGUCUGUACACAGUAGAGAUCUCUUCUGGUUACAUUGUGCGGGUAGACCGCAAGCAAAUCCAUCAAGUACGGGUACUCAAAGAUGAACAGCUAGUCAUAGUCAUAUCAGGCAGGGGACGUCAUUUACGUCUGUUCCCCAUUGCCUGCCUGGACGGUGAGGCUACUGUAAUCAAGGUUGAAGAGCCCAGGGGUUGCACCAUGUUCACGACGGGUAUCAUCCGCCAAGGCUCCACCACGUGCAUGUGCGUCGCCAUGAAGCGCACGGUCCUCAUCUACGAAUUUAACCGAAACAAGGGAAGGCAUAAGCGCAUCAAGGAGGUGACCCUACCGGCUCCGGCCCAGUGCAUGGAGGUGUUCGGGGGACGGCUCUGCGCGGGCUACACCUCCGGGUUCGGACUGUUCAGCAUACAGAUGGCGGGCCAGCAUGUGGAACCUCUUCUGAACAUUGAUGACCCGUCAUUGAGGUUCUUAACAGAGAUCCCUACCGAAGCAUUAGCAGCUGUAGAGAUCAGCAACAGAGAGUAUCUACUUUGCUUCUCAACUCUUGGUGUAUAUGUCGACUUCCAGGGUAGACGGACAAGGGAGCAGGAGCUUAUGUGGCCUUCCCAUCCAACUGAAAUUGCCUUCAACAGUCCGUACCUGAUUGUAUAUAGUGACAUCUCUGUAGAUAUAUAUGAUAUCAAGAUCAUGGAAUGGGUUCAGACGAUACCUAUCAAAGGAACUAGACAACUCUCUUGGGAUGGCAGCUUGAACCUUAGCUUCGUCACUGAUCUUCAUGCACCACGUCUUGUGUACUUCCACAACCGACUGGCUGUAUCAGAUCAUGAGAAGUUAAAUAUCCCAACAGUUGUCAAGUCUAGCAAGCAGCAAGCCAACAGGAGAAAAUUCUCCUUCAAGUCCAAAGAUGAAAUUAGGAAAUCAACAAAGUUUCAACCCAGGAAUGUAAUAAUAUCAGCACCUAGUAACUUCAGUCAUAUCACCCAUAUGGGACCAGGAGACAGUCUGUCAAAGCUACAAGAUAUUCCUGGAACUGAGAGCAGGCCUGCACGUAUCAAGAGCAUGGUCGGUCAGCCGCUGCCUGUCCAGCGCGGAAUACCCAAACAGAGGCCCAACACGGUCAUCAACCUCAGCAAGGACUACGAUCAGAACGGCCAACUGAGCAUAGCGCCAUCGGGGGCAGCCAACUUUGAGAUAAAUCUGACGUCACGGGACGGUUCGCAGGGAUCGCAAGAUUCACCGGAUCUCUCAGGACACUCCCCGAGGCAUUCCUUGGGAGAGGAAGCUUCUAGUUCUGGGACGCCACCCACCCCUCAUCGAACCAGCUACGCAGAGCAAGACCAAUCAUGAGGGCUACCGAUGAAGAACACCGGAGACUUAACACCAGACACUUCUGCUUCCUCUUAGUUCAUCAUUCAGCGAUUUCAAGUUCGGUGUUGACAUCUAGACCAAUGCAGUGUCAUUUGUAGUAGACUGUGUUUUACACCACCCUUGUCACUGGUGUUGAAAAAAGCAAUAGUGGAGGUGUUUAGUGCUUGGCACCAUGGAUGUGAAGAUCUUCAGUAGCUAUGGUGUGGGGUUGGCACUCAACACCAUAGCUAAGCACUACUCACUUUACUAGUGUUAAACAAAAGGGGAGGCAUUUAGUGCUUAGCACCUUGGAUGUGAAGAUCAUCAGUAGCUGCAGUACUGAGUUAGCUCUUGACACCAUUGCUGAACACUAGACUUCAAAUUGCCAGCUGAACUGUGCAGAACAGCUACCUGAACACUGAAAGCAUUACUACACUCCCAAGAAAUCCCUCUGAUGCAAUUGUAGUGCUGGCCUUUAGGUGUGUUACUGGUGUACUUAGCUGAAACUUAACACCAGACUCUAACAUUAAUUAGUUCAGGAGUACCUGUUAAGAAUUCUAAUAUUUUGUUUUAAUGUAAUUUUAACUGAUUGAAGAUGUAGCUUCAAAAGCAAAUGUAAGAAAUAUAACUGAGUUUGCAUAUUUUUGGCUUGCUGUAAAGAACAAGGCCUAAUGGUCCGUUAUGGGAGUUUAGUUAGAACACAUUUUGAUCACCAUCAUCAUCGACGUCAUUGUCAUCAGCAUCAUCAUCAUCAACAACAUCCACAUUAUCAUUGUCUUUAUUGUCAUUAUCAUCAUCAUCCCCCUCAUCCUCAGUCAUCAUAAUUAUUGUCAACGUCAUCAUCAUCGUCAUGAUCAUCAACUUGCUCUUUACCAUCACUUACCAAUCAUGUCCUUGUCAAUUUUGUUUCAAAUACUACUAUAUUAACACCUUUAUUUAUUGUCACAAAUAUCUUCAUUGUCCUAAGUUAUCGUACUCCAUAAGGCCAACAUUGUUGGAUUAGAAACUAUGGGUUAUUAACAGUAAUGGUAAGGGUAUCACAGCAUUUGAUAAAAGAAAUAUAACUACACUUUACUGUUCUUUACUGCCAUAUGGUGCAUAUUUUUGUUGUCUUUUGAUUGGUUUUCAUACUACACAGAACUAUAUAUUAUUGAUUUCAAAAAUGAAAAAUGACAUUUAAUCCCAUUCAGUCAUUUGAAAUUGCACUUCCAUGUACAAUUUUCAAAUUCAGUAUGCAUUUCAUUUUAUUUUCUAUACUUGAUAAGCGGGGAAACUAGUGCCAAUCUUGAUUAAUCACCUAAAUAUUACAUAAAUCUUUGACUCAUCUUGACUCAAAAAAGCAAAAUAAAACUGUAAUUCUUUGAAUUUUUCUCCUCUACCCCCCCCCCCCCAAAUGUAUUUACCAGGUGUACUUUGGGGUGAAAAAUCCAAUGCGUGAGCCAGAAAACAGUUCAUAUGAAAAAGAAUAUCCUAUUGUCUUUUUAUAAUGCGAAAGUAACUUCAUUGAAAUUUUUUAAAGACAGAAGUUGGUCACAAUCAUAAUGUCUAGUAUGAAUGAUUGAUACUUAUUACUUUCAUAUACUGUAGAACUAUAGGCAGAAAUACAAUGUAAGCAGUAUGCCAUAUUUUGCGGAAAUACUUUCAAAGGAAAUGGUAGUGCUGGAAGCUACUUAAACUAGAUUGAAAAUGUUGAUAGGUUUGUCUGGCCGUUUGUCAAGUAAUGCGCAAUAUGCCAAAUCAUGUGAUUUAUCCAGUUGUACUUCGAACGACCAACAUAUAUUUAUUAGAGUGAGUAUGCCAAUACACAUGGAUAAGUGAAAUCAUUGUUUCGUACCCUUAGGUCCUGUAGAAGCCCUCAUGAAUACAAAUAUUUCAUUCAUGAAAAACCAAAUGAGGGAGGGUUGUAAGUACAGCAUGAUCCCACGACCUUCUGAUUGAGUGUUGAGAGUCAGAUCCACUAGACCAUGACACACUUGUAGGGAUUAAACUAAGGUCAUCAACAUUAUCCCUUGUAACAUCGCAUUAAUAUUUCCCUUUUGCCUCAAAUUAUAUCAUCAUUAUGUAGUCCAAUUCUCGUAUUAUUUUCAGGCUUAUGCAUUGUAUGAGAGAAUAUACCCUUUUUUUUCAAUGUAAAAACACCUCAAAUCCGGACUAUUUUGAGGUUAAAAAAGUAUAUGUAAAAUGCAAAAUGAAGAUUUCUACGAAACAAAAUGUCUUAUAAGAAUUUAAUAAGUUUUUGUUAAAGUUGACCUAUGAACUUGAGUUUUAUUUAUUAUCACCAUAUCCGCUACAGCAUUUAACUUAACUGUUUCCUGGAAUAGUCUUGUAUGUGUCUUUCAUUAGUAAAUAGAAUCCUAACUUAUGAAAACCAAAUUCUUUUUUCUUAAGAGUGAAGAAAAAAAUUUUACAAAAUACUAAGAUGUACUUAAUUAUAUUUUUGGCUUCCUGUUCAUAAUUGUUAAAUCUUUUGUUGCAUAUUUUGUACAAAUGUGAAUAUUUUUGUUAUUUACUACAUAUCUAUAGAAACACAUUUUUUGUGACCCUCACGAGUAUUAAUUGUAAAUGUACCAUCGUAUAUUUCUAGAGACCUUAUCAUUGCAAUUCGCAUCUCAUGGUAAUAUAUGGUACCUAUAUCCCGUAUUGGUUUUAAAUUCAUUAUUUUUAUUUCAUAUUUCCAAUUCAGAAAAAAAGGUGCCUAGAAAUCUCUGUAUAAUGUAGGUACGAGUAGCAACAGACUAGAUGCACACAGUAGUGCUGAUUUUCAGUUUUAAGUACUGAAAAAUGAGAAUACUAAUGGUUUCAUGCAAAAUACUGAUUUCUAAAGUUACAGGUUUAUCUGCUACCCUAUGGUAUUUCUUUGAGAAUUUCCUCCCCAAAAUACUGAUUUUCAGCUUUUGACAUACGGGACUGCCGUUGUUCAGGUUGAUUUACUUCUGAUGAAAUGUCAGGCAAGGUGCAUUGUCCCGUGGGUUGGUAGCACUGAUGUAAGUUAGGUAGGUGAUAGUGCCUACUGAGUGCAAGGGCUUUUGUAGGGAUGCCACUUUUCAGACUACAGUCUGAAUUCAGACCUUUCCAACAUAUUUCCGGCCAUAGGAAACAACUUUUUGAUGUAGGAGAGGGGUCAUUCUAGAUGAUUUCAGACUUUUUGUUUUGUUAUCAAGCCCAAGCGGCAUCCCAGCUUUUGGCUUGUAGCUUGAUGAUAAUCCUCGCGAGUUUCGGAAGACCAUAUUUGUCAAGAGAGCGUGUCAUGAAGCAGCUCGUAAAUAAUUUUCACCAACUAACUUGCUCUGGAUCAAUCAGAUUCAAGGGUUUUAAUAGCUUAUAACAGUUAUCAGUGGAAAAAUCACUAUUUGUUUGAUGAAAUGCUCCCUCGUUCUAUGGGGUCCAGUGUUUAAGCAUGGAUAUAGACAGACCUGGGUGUGCUACUAGUGUCUCUAUGCUGUAAUGCGUGUUUACCUGUGUUAUACAAGUGUGCAGGAAACAAAUCAAUUAUAAUCUGACAUUUUAUUCAGUCAAAUUAGGAGAGUGCCAUAUGGUUCAGUAAUAAGGCUAGCUGCCCAAAGUUGUGGUGUUUAGAUCACGUACAAAUGAUAAAUGUAGAAGGUGCGGUUCGGCUGAUGUUCAUUAGUAAAUUAUUUUCCUAGAACAGUGGAUGCAGGCGAAAUGCACACCCCUUCUACAUUAAAACAAUCACCCAUUUAACAUACAUAUUAUUAUACCUGUAUCUCUGGAGAGCACCCAUGUACGAAAAUAGGUAUAUUCUCUGGUGCGUGUUUCUUGUGCUAUAUGAUGCAUCCGUGUGUAGCUCACCUAACACAGAAGAACAUAUUCCAAUCAUGCGUAAUUUCAAGAACAGAUUUUUGAAACGCCCGCCUGGUUGGAUAGGCCUAUUCAACAACAUUGGCCUUUCAUAUUAGGGAUGAAUAAAGAGGAAACUAUACUACUAUAUAUUAGUAAACCAGUUUCCACAAUUAAUUGCCGUAUUUCUGUUUAUGAUCAAAAUAUUGAAACAAGACAAAAUAACUUUUAAGGUCUCAAGGGCGAUGGCCAGAGUAUUUAAGCAUUUUUAUUUUUAAUUCUCUCUUUACAAACAAUGUUAUUUGGGGAAGUACAAUGAAUAUGGAUAUUAAUAUUUUUUAAUCAUGUAUUAAAAGUGAAGUGUAAUUUGGCAAUGUAAUUUGACAUUUUGAUUGUUUUUUGUAGAGCUGUUUAAUUGUUUAGGCAAGGUGUUUAUCUCAUUUUCUUACUUAACUAGGAGGUAAAACAAUAUGAAGCAACAGUACUAUUAGAAACAAAAUAUUCUUCUUUAGGCAUCUUGCUAAUUGUAAUUUGAUUAUAAUGAAUGUAGGGAAACUGUAGUUAACACAAUUAAUGGUUCUUAAUAAGAGAAAUUGAAUCUAAUACUGCUUAUUAAUGAAUGAGAUCUUAAUCAUUAACAAAUACAAUUGUAAUGGGACAAUGCGGACCGUGCAGUGAAAAUGUUCAUAUUCCAUUUUUUAAAAUGCAUUUAGGUCCAAUUUAUCCUUGUACAAAUAUAUAGAAUAUUGUGUGAAUGAUGUUUGGAAUUGUGUGAUCAAAUAAGAUGCAAUUAUUGCAACUCAUUACCUGCUUUAGGCCCAUAUCUAUAACUUGAUGCCCCGGUCAUACCUACGAAACCGACUCUAAACCGACCGAUGGUAUGCUAAUCAAAGUAAUGUAGUAGCUUUGGUAGGUCUGGGUUGGUUUCCUUGCUAUGACUGGCAUUAUAAUUUUUAGUCAGUCCACAGGUUUGUGGGUGAAAAUUUGAUUAUAUUUAAUUCUGUGACCUUUAAUUUAGUUUCUUUGUAUUUUUCUUUCGUGCAUGCUGUAGUCAGAUUAUUUUUUUUCUUUCUUCUGCUGUCGUUUACGAAAUGAAACAUGGAUUGCCAAGCAGUCAUGUUUCCAUUGCAGCAAUGCGAAAUGGGCUUUAUACUAGAGCGCUAUUUUUCUUUUCUUUGUGAUUAGGUGCAACCAAUUGAAAUUAAUCUUUCAUUUCAUACAUUCAACUGACUAUGAUAACGCAUUGUGCUUCUGAUCAUGGCCUGUAGCAUAAAGCAUAGCAAUUGAUCGUUGGGCUAGUUUCUACGAUUGAUUGCCUUGAUUAUUGUGUUUUAUCAACUGUAAAAAUCAGUCCUACAAUUAAUCGCUAAGCUUUAGGUCACCGGGUCAGUUUGAUUUUACUUAGAAAUUACAGGAUUGUUUUUAUUUUCAUGAAAUGACAAAUAAGGGGCCUGUUUCAUAAAACUUGUUACAAUAACAGUUUAAAGCUACUGAAAUCAUUUGAUUUGAUUGGCUGAUAGUAAACUUGUUAUUCUAACAAACGUGUUAUGAAAUGGGGACCUUGAACUAGAUGUACCUGUUCUAUGUGGGGGUGUGUUUGUGUGUGUGAUCUGUUAAGAGAGAGGGUCGUGAUUUAGGAGAAGUGAAAAUUUGAAAUACAUUGCAAUUUGUUGUGAUUGCUUUUUACCCGUGCUUUUUAGGAUAAGCUGAAAUGAAAAUAGUCCUUUGUGCCAGACAGUGUUGAAAUGGCUUUAAUAUUUUGAAGGCUUUUGUAGAAGUAUGCACAGUGCCACUGCUUUGUUCGAUCGAUGAAACUCGUUGGGAAGGGAAUCAAGGAAUUUUCUGGAGGUUUAUUAAAUCUGCAUGAGCUCAGGCUGUGAUUUAUUUAACAGACCAAAGCAAAGCAACCUCAAUAUUAAGAAUGUAUCAAUGUCAUUGUCAAGGUCAAACAGUUCAAAAUAGAAUCAGAGUGGCACUGUGAUAGAACUAAUGAAAUCUGCAGGCUAGCCAAAAGUUUGAGUCUUCCAAGCCUGUUUCUCUCUGUUUUUCCUCUCGUUCUUGCUCGCCAUUUAUUUCGGUGUGAAAAACUGACCACUAUUCUUCUUUGUCAUAGUUAUUCAAUUAUAAGGUUUUAUUCUCUUUUUAGUGAGACCUAUUGACGAUUGCUGUGAGUAUUGUGUGUGCGCUUCUGCAUCUUUGCAGAUGUAUUUAUACCAUACCAUCACAAGAUGGUGGCAAAGUUUAUCUGUUUGAUGACUUUAAACAUAGGGUAAGAUAAAUUAUUUACCUCAUUUUAAAAUUGUCUCGAGGUUUACAUGUAGGGGGCAAAAAGAGUACAAACAGUUAACUGUAUGCAAAACUGGUAUUGGAAUUAUUUCCUGUAUUCGUAGAUGAUAACAAUGUUGAGUUUUAUUAAUGCUUUGUUUUUUAAAGAGAGAAGAAAUACUUUGCCUUGCUAGUUGAUGAAAUUGAGAUAAAUGUUAAACAUAGAUGUGUCUAUAGGUAAACUAACUAUAUAAAAAUGAAUUACAGUAAUGCGUGUACACUUUUUGAGAAGUAGCUUAUUAAUGUAAUUAUAAUAACUUGUAUUAUUUAUAUGUAUCAAAUAUGAGGUUUCUUACUCGUCGGCUCAUUUUCCUCUGCAGAUAUAAUGAUGAGUGGAAUAUGAUUAUCUAUGUAUUUAAAAAAAUAAUAAUGUAUGUUUGUGUAUAUUAACUGGAUGACAGGAGAAGCAGUGUACUGUAUAUUGUAUGUCAGGUUUUACUACAUUUGUUAAUAGUAUUAUAAUGUGAUGAGGAAUUUAAAUGAAUGAGCAGUUCUUGAAGUAACGAGACGGACGGUUUUUGUUUCAUCUGCACUAGUUGUUACAAAGUGAAAGAGAAUAUACAGCAGGUACAAACAGGA